GAUUCAUCAAAAUUGAACGAUGCCAUUGCUGCUGCUGGUGUCAAUUUGCAACAAGAAGAAGACCUCAUGGCACAACAGCAAUUAAACCGCAGAUCCGAGUUGUCUGGAGAUCUCAAGUCCAUGUUGCGCGGAGCAAAGCCUCCAGCAUUCUUGAAUGCUUUUCAUGUUGCAUCUUUCAUGAACAAGGUAGCCAAGGAGAACGGCGUGCAGCAAAACUUCUUACAAGAUGGCGAGUUGUUGGAGCUUGUUUCCUCUGCAUGUGAGUACUGGAUGUCGAACAUUUUGACCAAGACCAUCAUAUUGUCACGCCACCGUCGUAGAGGAAUUCCUGCUUUGAAUCCUAGCAAUACAAACACAAACAAUAAGAGCAAGAAAGCUACAUCAUCGAAUUCGGCUUCCAGAUCCGAACUCUCCAAGGGUCUUCGUGACCUUGCAACAAAGCAAAAGGAACUCGAGGAGAAAAGAGUUGCAAAAAGAGUCCUCCUUGGAUUGGAAAAAAAUGCGCUGGACGCUGCUGAAGCUGCUCUGGAGAAUUCCAAGGCUGGUGCUGAAGAAACCCUCCACCGUGCAGCCAAUGCCACGGCAGCAAUGAUGACAAUGAAUCCCGGUCGUAAGAAAUAUUCUUGGAUGACAUCAAACGCAGGAAAUAACGACCAAAAUAAGGGUGCAGCUGACAAGGAUGGUAAGAACAAGCAGAGCUCAAUUAUAUCGGUCAGAGGUGACAAUGGGCUUCGUUUCCGUGAAAUUCGUUCGGGUAACUCUGUGACGAUGAAAGAUUUAUUGGGUGCCAUUGAGGAUGAGCGGAUGGGCACCGAAAAGGCAAUUAUCAAAGGAUUUGCCAAGCUCAAAGACUAA